AUCGUUCCUCCAAAAAGUUGCCCCUCCACGCCCAUUCACGUCUCCCACUUCACUUCACACCCUCCCAACCACAAGCUUCUGUCGCAGACUGCGACGACGACUCCCCGAAUACCCUCAUCAGAACGAAUCAUCACUCCGAACGUCCACGAUCACAACACAGACAUGGUCCGCCCCUCAACACCACCGCCGAACCCGGCAUCCGCACCGCGGCCCGCUGCGACACCACCAACCCCAGCGGCAACCCGUCGCAUGGAAGAAUCUCGACUUCGAGCCAAAGCCAUCCGCGACCGCCGUGAUGCCGAGCUGGCUGCCUCUGGUGCCCCUUCCGCCCCCAAGACGGCCUCGGGCUUUGUAUCGACCCAAGAUGUCCACAUUACAAAGGCAGGCGCCUCCCAACCGUCUGACCUCUCCCGUAAACGCCCGCACUCAUCCAUCUCGACCGCUGCCGACCCGCGCCAGCCGCAUCCGGCGACGAACCGCGAUGCCCGCGACACCCAAGCUGCGCCCCGGCCGGCGCGCAACUUUGCCAAGUUUGUCGACUUCAACAUGUCCGCCAUGACGGACACGAAAGGCGGCUUUCUUACGGCUGAGGACGAUCCACACAACACCGCGCUCGUGCCCAAGACGAAACCGGGCGGCGGCGGCCCCCCACAGGAGGAGAAGCCCAAGGGCAUGUCGUCGCAGGAGUGGGAACGCCUUCAGUUGCUGCGCAAGCUCCGCCGCCAAAAGGCCGGCCCCUUCGAGCCGGGCCUCAGCGUGCUCGCUGACGACACCGCCCGCAAGCUGUGCGCCGACUGCGGCUCCCUCGAGAUCGACUUCGUGUGGGACGAGGUGUUUGGCGUACGCGUCUGUCACGCGUGCAAGGACGCCCACCCAGACAAGUACUCUCUGCUGACCAAGACCGAAUGUAAGGAGGACUACCUCCUCACGGAUGAGGAGCUCAAGGACCCGGAGCUGCUGCCGCACUUGUCGCGUCCUAACCCGCACAAGUCGCACUGGCACGACAUGAUGCUUUUCUUGCGCCUCCAAGUCGAGGAGUACGCCUUCACGACCAAGUGGGGAUCCGCCGAGAAGCUCGAUGCCGAGUUCGCUCGCCGCGAGGCCGAUAAGAAGCGCCGCAAGGAGGCCAAGUUCCGCGAGAAGCUCAACGACCUCAAGCGCAAGACGCGCACUGAGGCCAUCCGCAGGCAGCAGGCCACCGUCGCCGCCGGCGCCGGCCCAAAAGGGUUUGGCGACUCGGUCGGCGGCGGGCGCCACGUCCACGACUGGGGCCGCGCCGUCGAGAACGAGGAUGGCAUGACGGUGAAGACCUGCAACGGCUGCGGCAUGGAGGUCGAGGAGUUGGAGUUUUAGAUGCGGCUUUUCUCCCUCAACGUUUCACUUCCUGGUUGUUCUCUUUUCGAUCUUAAACAAAACUUUUUAUGGGUCCCAUCCCUUUCUCAGGACGGGACGAAGCCAUCAUGAUGAUAUUAGUCAAAACGAUACCCCGAAGCUCAUACAAUAAUACAAUAUACUACCACUCAUACAAUCGUCUAUUCCUCUCCAGUGCGAAACAAAAAAGGGGGAGACAAACAACUAUGUACUGAGAAACCGAGCCUCCGCCCACACGCAUCGUUGAGUAGCUUCACCGCGCAAACAAACCAUACCAGACCAAAGGGGGUCUGGCAGAAGGGGGUAUCAACGUGUGGUGAACAUACGAUGAUGCCCUGGUACAUAUUACAACAGGAGCACAGGCAGGCGACUCCUGCCCACGCCCCUUUCCACAUCCCCUACUCGGUCAUCCGCCCCCCGCCCCCCCCCCCCCCCCCCCCCCACCCUCCUUUC